AUGCAAAUGACCGAGUUAAUACCCGGUCUACCAGAGGAACUCGGGCACGAGUGCCUGACUCGUUUGCACUACUCGACUCACCGAGUCGCCUCACGAGUUUGCCGCUGCUGGCAGGACAUGCUUCAAAGUCGGGAUUUUUACAACCACAGAAAGCAAUCCGGGCGCACCCACAAGCCCGCUUGCCUCGUCCAGGCGCUUCCGGUUCAGACCAGGGUUGACGAGACCAAACCGGCUGGACCUCCUGUUUACGGCGUCUCGGUUUUUGACCCUGUGAGUGGGAGCUGGGACCGGGUGGACCCGGUUCCGAAGUACCCACAUGGGCUUCCGCCGUUCUGCCAAGUGACCGCCUGCGAGGGCAAGCUCGUGUUGAUGGGCGGGUGGGACCCGGCGAGUUACCAGCCCGUGAGGGACGUGUUCGUGUACGAGUUCACGACUCAGAGGUGGACUCGGGGCAAGGAUAUGCCGGAAACCCGAUCGUUCUUCGCCGCCGGCGAGUUCAACGGCCGGGUCUACGUCGCCGGAGGCCACGACCAGAACAAGAACGCGUUAAAAUCGGCGAGGGUCUACGACGUGAGGGAGAACGAGUGGAGCGAGUUGCCUGGGAUGAGUCAGGAGCGAGACGAGUGCGAGGGGUUUGUAUCCGGGUCGGAGUUUUGGGUCGUGAGCGGGUAUGGUACGGACAGUCAAGGGGGCUUCGUGGGGUGCGCUGAGGUUUAUGAAAUCGGGUCGGGUCAGUGGAGGCGGGUUGAGGACGCGUGGCGUGCGGGUCAGUGCCCGAGGUCUUGCGUUGGGGUUGGGAAGGAUGGGAAGCUGUUUUGUUGGGGCGACUGUGACUCGCGGGUUCGGGUCGGUACCAGCGCGGUUGAGUUGGGCCCGUGGGCCUUGGUGUCAGGGUCGGCUUACCAAGGCGGGGCGCAAGGGUCAUUUUUGGUCGAAGGGCAAAAUGGUAAAUUGAGGAAUGUGGAAGCUCCCGAUGAGUUCUCUGGGUUCGUGCAGUCCGGUUGCUGCGUGGAGAUUUGA